AUGAAUAAUGGGGUCUUCCAAGUAGAUGUUGACGUCGAUCCUUUAUCUAGAUAUCCUUAUUUGGGUGGGAAGGAUGACAGAAAGAUGCCACCCAAGAAAAAGGAAGAGGAGAAACCAACGCCACUAAUGGGUCGCAUUGGCACCAAUCUCAAGAUGGGUAUUCUUGGACUGCCAAAUGUGGGUAAAAGUACAUUUUUUAAUGUGCUAACGAAAAGUCAAGCACAGGCUGAGAAUUUUCCUUUUUGUACGAUUGAUCCGAAUGAAAGUCGUGUACCGGUGAGUGAUAAACGGUUCGAUUGGUUAGUUGAACAUUUUAAGCCGGCCAGUCGUGUGCCAGCCUUUUUAAAUGUGGUUGAUAUUGCUGGUUUAGUGAAGGGUGCAUCUGAGGGACAAGGACUUGGGAAUGCAUUCCUUUCACAUGUUAGUGCAUGUGAUGCACUGUUUCACCUUUGUCGUGCGUUUGAUGAUGAAGAUGUGAUACACGUUGAAGGUGAAGUGGAUCCAGUUCGUGAUUUGGCAAUCAUAGGAACUGAAUUGAUCAAAAAGGACUUGCAAUAUUUGGAAGGAGCAAUGGAUAAAGUGGAGAAAUUGGCAGUCCGAGGUGGUGACAAAAGUAAGAAACCUGAAUACGAAUGCUUAGCUAAAGUGAAGAAGUUAUUGGAAGAAGAAAAUAAGCCAGUGCGUUUAGAAACUUGGAAUGAAAAAGAAAUUGAAGUGUUGAAUCAUCACCUACUUUUGACAGCCAAACCGAUCGUUUAUUUGGUGAAUCUCUCUGAAAAGGAUUAUAUACGCAAGAAGAAUAAAUGGCUGCCGAAAAUGAAGGCAUGGCUAGAUGAGAACGAUCCGCAUGCUGUGUGCAUUCCGUUUAGUGGCGUAUUGGAACUGAAACUUAUGGAUAUGCCUGAAGAUGAGAGAGCAAAUUAUUUGAAAGAGCAUGGGACGACGAGUGCGUUGGAGAAGAUCGUAAGAACUGGUUAUAAUGCGCUACAAUUGGAGUAUUUCUUUACGUGCGGUAAAGACGAGGUGAAAGCUUGGACAAUACAGAAAGGAACGAAAGCACCGCAAGCAGCAGGCAGAAUUCAUACUGAUUUUGAGAAGGGUUUUAUAAUGGCCGAGGUUUGCAAGGUGGAUGAUCUGAUGGAAUUGGGCACUGAAAAUGCAGUCAAAGCAGCUGGUAAGUAUCGUCAACAAGGCAGGAAUUAUGUGGUGGAAGAUGGCGACGUUAUUCUGUUCAAAUUUAAUGCUGGUGCUGGCUUAACGUCCAAAAAGAAGUAA